AUGGCCACAGGUCUUCCGGCUAAGCUGAAGCCCGCCGCUCGGGUGGCUGGCCAGAGACAGGAUGUAUGGUCAAUCGUCAACGAAGCUGCGGCGGCAUCGCCGAAGCAGCCUAUCGUGAAUAUGGGUCAGGGUUUCUUCGGCUACAAUCCGCCCCCUUUCAUCAUCGCUGCGGCAAAGUCGGCCCUGGAUCGAGUCGACUGCAAUCAGUACAGUCCGACCAAAGGAAGGCCGCGUCUAAAGAAAGCCAUUGCGGAUGCUUACUCUCCAUUCUGGGGCCGGAAGUUAGACCCAGAGACGGAAGUCACGAUCACUACAGGUGCAAACGAAGGCAUGCUCAGCGCUUUUAUGGCUUUCAUCGAACCCGGUGACGAAGUCGUCAUCUUCGAGCCUUUCUUCGAUCAGUACAUCAGCAACAUUGAGAUGGCCGGCGGCAAAAUUGUCUAUGUCCCGAUGCAUCCUCCCCAGGACGGCGCAACCAAGACUUCGUCUGCAGCUGAGUGGACGGUGGACUUCAAUGAGCUGGAGAAGGCCAUAACUCCGACGACCAAGAUGAUUGUGCUAAACACGCCACACAACCCGGUUGGCAAGGUCUACUCGAAAGAGGAGCUUCAAAGGAUCGGCGACCUAUGCGUCAAGCAUGAAGUCAUAAUUUUGUCGGACGAGGUCUACGACCGGCUGUACUAUGUACCCUUCACGCGGAUUGCCACGCUGUCUCCUGAAAUCGAGCAACUGACCAUCACCGUGGGUUCCGCCGGCAAGAACUUCUAUGCAACCGGAUGGCGAGUCGGCUGGCUGGUGGGCCCUGCGCACUUGAUCCAAUACGUGUCUGCCGCCCACACCCGCAUCUGCUACUCCUCCGUCUCGCCCCUUCAGGAGGCAUGUGCCGUUGGCUUCGAACAAGCUGAGUCAGAAGGAUUCUGGGACGAGACAGUCAAAGAAAUGAAGGGCAAGAUGACGCGAUUCAACGAAGUCUGGGAUGAGCUCGGGCUGCCGUACUCGGAUCCCGAGGGCGGAUACUUUGUCAUGGUCAACACGAAGAAGAUCAAGCUACCGGAGAACUAUCCCUUCCCGCCCCACGUUGCCAGUCGGCCGCGGGACUUUAAGCUGGCUUGGUUCUUGAUCCAUGAGGUGGGUGUGGCUGCUAUCCCUCCGACGGAAUUCUACACGGAGCCCAAUGCCUGGUUGGCUGAGGAUUACAUGCGGUUUGCCGUGUGCAAGGAGGACGAGGUCCUCGAGACGGCCAAGGAGAGACUUAGGGGUCUCAAAAAAUACAUACAGGAAUAG